UAGUCAUUUACUCAUUUAUUCCUUUGUUACAAAAAAAAAACAAAAAGUGCAGGGACUGAGGGCGGCCGUCUCAUUUAAAUUUCUCCUUUCUGCAUUUUUUUGACUUCAUCUCUUAUGAUGGCAAUGGCGGGAGAUUCCACUUGGGUUGGUAAAAAACCCCUGCGUCGCCUUGGUGGCAUGGCUGAUGCCCUCUCCUUGGCCUCUGAUUUAGGGUUUUCAAUCCCGUCGGUUCAGGAUGAUACACAGAGUUCACCAAAUACAUCAACAACUCCUGAUAAGAGUGAUGCCCUAGUAAGAGUCCUAAGGGAGCUUACACUAGUGCAAAGAAAUUUGGCGAACUUGCAAGUGGAACUUCAAGGUAGGAAGGAUGAUAAGAGUGUUGCUCAUCUUACGCAUGUGAGUGAAAUGGAAGAGAAAUGUGAAUCACUGGCUCGGUAUACUGCUAUAUUGAAAGAUGUUAUUCAAAACAAGGAUAGGAUCAUUGCUCGACUUCAACAGCCAUAUUCACUUGAUUGCAUCCCAGUAGAAGCAGAAUAUCAGGGGGCCUUCAGGCUCAGCAGGGUGCUGAGUUCGAGUGAAUUGGAGGAGUCAAGGUUAAACUCGCCAAGUUGUAAAACACUGUUUACAUUUAAUUGUAUACACAAUCAAAUUGAAGAUGACUUACUACUUAAGCAACAAUUUUCAGAAUUGCUGAUCAAAGCUGCCAGUGAUUAUGGAGCAUUGACAGCAUCUGUUGCAGAUUUUCAGUGGAGCCAAAAUUUUAAGGAGCCACCUUCAAUUUGGGGGGAAAUGUUGAGGCCGAUACCAGUUGCCUUAGCUUCUUGCACCCGAUUCUUUGAGGCUACAACCGCAAUGAGAGAGUCAUUUGCUGCUCUUCAAAAGUUAAGGGUGGGUUCCACAUCAGCGCGAACCCCUUCUAAGGGCUCACAAGGGCGAACAGAUCCCGAGUGCAUGACACCCCCUCAUUGGAAGCCUGAUUACAUUGUGGACGAGCCAUGUUCUGAUGAUCCAGUAAUCCGAACUCGUAGAAGACAAGAAGAGGUGGUAAUGGCUUCCAUGGCUGAUUUAUCCGAGUUUGGUGAUACACCUGAGGUGGAUUCCUUUAACAGGAGGUUAUCUUGGCCCCCUUCAAAUAUGAAAAGCACAUGAUGAAAGAAUAUAGCCUGCUCUUCAUUCUUCAUUCUCUUACACUCUUUUUGUUAUGCAUCUCCUCCUUCAUUCUUCGUUCCUAACCUUCUUUUUGUUUUGGUUAGCCUCUCUCUAGUCAAUGUCCUCUAUCACUUGCCUUUGUUUUAUUGGGUAUGUUUCUCCUAUUCUCUCACUGUUCUUGCUUUCUAUUAUUUUGCUCAAAUGCUGUGUUGUUUGUGUGAUUUAUAAUUUGUGUAAUAUUUGUAUGAGACCUCUCUUGGGACCGUCGGUUGUUUACUAUUUGAUCAGAGGGUCUGUAAGUCUCCAGAGAUUUCAGCCUCUGAAUUCAUUUGACGUGCAGUCGUUUUUGAGAAAGAGCAUGGUUUUUGAACCCAAGGUAGUAUUGGCAACAAUCUCUUUUUCUCGAGUGUUAUUUCGUAUCUUAUUUAGGGCUAUAAAUGAUUCGGAGGGCUGUAUUUACUGGCAGUCUCUCUUUUCCUCUCGCUGCCUCGCUGGCCUUAUUUAGGGCUGUUUUCAUACCCUGCCCUGCUGAGAUCUGGACCCUGCUGGCUCUUUGUCCAGGUCAAUUGAACCCAGACACAGCCCCUUCAGUCGGCCAUAGGCCUGCUCUGCCAAGUCCCUCCUUCCUGCCCAAUAUACAUGCAUGCACCCUUACACAUCUACAAAAAAUUCGGAGGAAAGCUUGAUCAGAAUUUUAUCACAUUCGGUAGUACAUUUAAAGUUGCUUGAUUUCUCAUGUAAUGGUUAGAGAUGAUUGUCACAUUUUUGUACUAAAGAUAACCCGUCUUAUUGAAUAC